AUGUCCCCCGGGAUCCCUUCGGGGUGGAGACCCCUAGCCCUGCAGGUGCUGCGGACCCUCCUGAUUGUGCUGUUGGCGCCAUGGGAGCAGUGGGCGUUAGAGAUGCACCAAUGCAGCUGGCAGAUAACAUUAAUCAAGUUCGAGAACCUUGGCCGGGACACUUACAGCGACUUUUUUCAUCAAAGUCCGGUGGACACCGUGGAGAAAAUAUUCAGAAAAUUGGUGAACGCGCCGAUCGAUGUGACCGAGCGAUACCGGGGCUUUCCUUACUACCUGAGGAUCAACUACACCUGCAUGGGAGAACUGUCCUCCCAGGCCAGGAUCCGCAAGGGCCUCCUCACGGGACUAAAGCCCAUGGUGCUGGUCACCUUCAAACACCCGGUCAACUACCGCCGAUGGAAGAUUGAGCGGGUACAGAUCCAGAUGGAAGCCGUUCCCUUCCGCAACAAAGAAGUCUGCUAUUCAGAAUUGGUGUGUCGCAUGAGCUGGUACACACCCAUGCCUAUCAAGAAUGGCAGCGUGGUCAUGCAAGUGGAUGUCGGGACCAACAACAUAGGGCCUAUCCUCCGCACACAAAGCUUCUACAUGAAUAUCAAUGGCUACCUAAAGAUGGAGUCAGAUGGCACACUUGGGUUCACUGUGGGGAAUAAGGUUGAGAACCUGAAAUCCCAGUACUUUCUGAAUGCCCCUUCCCGGCCCCUGUGGUACACUGUGAACCACACACCUGUGCUCAUCCUCGGUGGCAUUCCAAAUGAGAAGUCCAUCCUGUUGAGCAACACCUACUUCCGGGAUUCCACCCUGGUGGAGUUGAACAUUGACAGUUGCUGGGUGGGCUCCUUCUACUGCCCGGAGACCAGGUUCACCGCCACCAUCUACGACACCAUCGCCACCGAGACCACCCUCUUCAUUCGGCAGAACCAGCUCGUCUACUAUUUCACAGGCAACUAUCCGAUACUCCGGGAGGUGUCCAGCAAAGGUACGUGGGUCCGCAUCCUGGCCAAUGAGUGCAUCAAGAUGCUAUGCCCUGUGGAAAUCCAAAUCAACGGCUCUGAGCACGUGAUAGCCCUCACCAUGGGCAAGCAUGAGGGCUAUAUCCAUCUCGGGACCAUCACAGAUGGCCUCGUGUCCUUUGAGAUGCUGCCCAGAGGGUUCUCUGUGUGCCAAGAGAUCGAAGAGAGCAACUGCUCCAUCCUGUGGGCUAUCUAUUCAAUCCGAGGCCUGCUGCUGCUAGUGGAGGUCCGAGAAGAAUUUAACUACAAGAGCUACCUGGUGGUCCGCUACAAGAGGGAGGGGGACACAGAAUCCUUGUCCAUCCUCUACAAGAUCCCGGAGUUUGUCCCUGAUGCCAAAGGACGGCAGUUCCUGAUGAUCCUCAGCGUGGAGUCUUACACAGACACGCCAUCGGUGCCCAAGGGCCUGCACUACAACCCUUUUAGCCAGCUGAUGUACAUCUGGGGGAACUUCAUCAUGGAGAGCUAUGACCUGGAAAACUACAUCUACCUGGCGGAAUUUCCCAGGGAAUCAACCAUCAAGUACAUGGUCAACUCCUUCCUUGGAGACAUGGCUAUUGUCACAGAGAAUGAGGAGAUCUGGUACCUCAUAGAAGGCAGCUACAAUAUAUUCAAGCUGUUCCCAUCGGACAGCUGGCAGAUGCACUUCAACCUGCAGCUACUGCAGCAGUCAUCCAUGUACACGACCAAGGAGACCAUGGUCACCCUCUUCUACGAGGGCAGGCAGCUGUUCCAGCUCGUGUACCUUCAGCAAGACUCGAAGAGCCAGCUGGUCAAGAGGCUGGUGCCUGUGGACCAGCUCCUGAUCUACCAGCAGUUCAGCAACAACUACAUCUUGGUGCAGCAAGGGAAAGACACUAUAGCCGCCUUCACCAAUUUAUGCACCUUCUCGGCGAUACGCCUGCAAGACCUGCCAAGGUCGCAGAGGUACACGCGCCAGGAGCGCUACCUGGCGCUGCCGCCGGUGGUCGUGGGGCCCUUGGGCUUCCACACGGAGGAGUCGCUGGCCAUUUACCAGGGCCUCGUCUACUAUCUUCUCUGGCUGCACUCCAAGUAUGACAAGCCCUACGCGGACCCGGUGCACGACCCUACCUGGCGCUGGUGGAAGGACAAGAAACAAGACCAGAGUUACUACUUCUACCUGGCGAGCAACCGGCAGAGCUCGGAGAAUGUGUACAUCGACAUGGCCAACUAUGGAAAGAUCUACAACCUCCCGGUUGAAUUACUGCCCGAGCGCAUCUACCUGGACAAGGGCAACGCCUACAGCUUCUCCGUCUUCAUCAUCAUCAAGGGACACUCCUUCUCCCACGGGACUGAGCUCGGCGGCACCUCCUUCUACCAGAAGGCCUCUUUAAGCCUGGGUGUGCUGCUGGCCAACCCGGAAUGCAUCGAGGUCAUAGUAACGGAGACGAUGCGCGUGAACCGCAAAUCCUUGUACCAGGUUAUCAUCAAAGACAAGAGCGCGUGUUUUGAACAGGCCAUCAGCGGGCAUAGUCUCAAGAGAACCUCCAUUGUGCUGAAGGUGGUGGGCUCGGUGGGGCACUGUUUUGAAGAAAGCUUCAUGGGACCGCGCAUGGUGGGCAACCUGAUGAUGCCCAUACUUAUCGGCUGCCCUCCGGGCAAGCGCCUGGCCUUCGACAUCACCUACACGCUGUCCUACGCCCUCCUAAAAAACAAACAAUACUUCGACUGCUUGAAAGUGGACCCCGAGAUGCCCUGCUUCCACUUCCGUGACGUCUUCUACCCCUUCUUCUUGGUCCAAGAUUUGGUCACUGGAGAAUCCGGCAGUUUUGAGGGCGACUACACACUGAAGGUGAUAGGCGGAGGGCCCACCUACGACACCAUCGAGGACUACACUGGGAGAGAAAUCUACCGCUACAACACCCCGCUGGAAGAUUCAACCAGCCUCAUCUGGAUCAAGAAAAACAGGUCAUUGUACAGAGACGUCACGGCAGACUUCACCAACGUCUUGUCCAAGGGCGUGGGCAUCGUGUGGCUGUGUCUGCCGGACUCCCCCUGCUACGGCACGGUCCCUGAGGGCAUAUUCGCCCCGGAAUACUUCUUCAAGGUGUUGGUGAGCAAUAGAGGGGUGGACAAAAGCACUUACUGCGACUACCAGCUCAUCUUCCUGCUGCACAUCCAUGGGAUUCCGCUCAGCCCCGAGCGGUACUUCCACUUCCUCCUGGUGUCGGCCAGUAUCUCAGUAGGCCUGGUGGUCCUCUACCUCACCAUGUGUUUCCUGUGGCCCCUGAUGGUCAAGGGCUACGUCGACUUGCGCUGGAAGAUCCACAACAUCAUCGCCUCUGACUCCUACUACAGCUAUAUCUCCGGUGGCACCAGCCUGCGGCAACAGCCCUCCAAGUCCAGCUAUAAGCCAGGAGAGAAGAGCACAGGCCCGUCCGAUCGGGCCUUGGAAAAGAAGGCCCAGACCUGAGUUGCUGACCCGUCCGCCCCCCACCAGACCCACCCCUCCUCACCCCUCCUUCCCACCUCCCGCAGCAUCCUCGGGAAUGGCAGCAACUGGCCCCCAUCCCAAGCCUUUUCUCUGUUUCACUUGACUUUUCACUUCUCCUUCAGACUCAAAUAAACCCUUGUUUCAGCA